CCACCGGAAGUAUUCGGCAGUAAACACUAAACAAUAGGCCCUUCAGCUUCACUCCAGCAGAGAAGCCGCUAGUUUCUGGCGAAAAAAUUCAUUGAUCUCAUUGUGGGUUACAUUUCGUGUACGCACAGUUUAUAAGGGCGCGCGGGAUGCUGAACAGAACCCAGACUGAGUGAGCAGCACUGCAGAGAGAGAUCGGCGUUGUUUCUCCACUCCUCGGCUCCGCAUCCCGGCAUCCAUCUACCCCUCUCCCCCCCUCCCUCCUCCCAACUCACCCAGCUCCCCCAAGGUUUGCUCAGUUUUCUACCCGCCACCGUCAUCGUUGUCCCCCUCUUCGUUGCUCACCGGCUCACGCGCGCUCUCUCCGCCAACGAGUGACACACGCUCACGCACACACACGCCGCCCCAACCUUUGAGUGCCCGGGACAGAGGGAUCCUCCUGCACGGCGACGUCUCCUCACACUAGACAGUCAGUAGCUGUUGGCAUCAUGGCUGCGCUCGGACUACUAAAGCCAUUCUUGCCGCGGUGUUUCUCUGAAUUUUCAUCAUCAUCGUCAUCGUCGUCUACACCAUCAUCGAUGACGUCGUCCUCACGUUCGUUACGAGUGUGCUUAUUGUUGCUGGUCCUAGGGCUUACCUCGGUGGCGGCACGACCCAAAGAUGAC